GGAACAUCACAUGAUCAAACAUGGCCUCUACUCCAAAUUGCUGGAGUUGAUUUUCUGACUUAGUAUAUAUUUCGUAUUCAUUUAAUGCCUAGCUUUUUGGACCACGUCAGAUAUUUUGCAAAACAAUGCAGAAGAUAAAAUCUUUAAUGGCCCGUCAGGGUCUCAAAAGUCCACAGGAGAGCAUGACAGACCUGAGUCCCGUCGAAAACUUCAGGAUCCCGAGCAAGGAGGAGCUGCGAGAGAUGAGGGAGCAGCCCGUUGACCCGCAAGCUGAGCAAGAAAUAAUUGACAGCAUUGAAGAAGUCUAUUUCUCCAGUGACUCCUUUGACAUGGUUCGGCACGAGCUGGAGAAACUUCCGCCAGAUCUUAACCUUCAAGAAUUGGAGGAACAUAGGGAUAAACUGAAGAGACAGCAAGCUGCGGUUUCUAAAAAGGUUGCUGACCUCAUCCUGGAAAAGCAGCCAUCCUACGUCAAGGAACUGGAACGAGUAACUUCUUUGCAGACCAAUCUGCAGCUAGCAGCGGUGAUCUGUACCAAUGCAAGAAGACAGCUGAGUCUGGCAAAGGAAGGCUUCACUGAAGCCAGCCUUGGGCUCCUGGCCAAUCAGAGGAGGAGGCAGCUGCUGACCGGUCUUCUGAAAUCACUGAGGACCAUAAAGACUCUGCAAAGAACUGAUGUCAGGUUGAGCGAAAUGUUGGAGGAGGAAGAUUAUCCAGGUGCAAUACAGUUAUGCUUGGAAUGCCAAAAAGCAGCCAGCACUUUCAAACACUACAGCUGCAUAAGCGAAUUGAAUUCAAAGCUUCAAGACACUCUGGAACAAAUAGAGGAGCAACUGGAUGUGGCCUUGUCGAAAACCUGCAAGCACUUUGAUGUCACCCACUACACCAAAGUUCAGCUGGCUUACAUGCUCCUGGGAAAGACGCAAACUGCGAUGGACCAGCUCCACAUGCACUUUACCCAGGCCAUCCACAACACGGUAUUCCAGGUGGUGCUGGGAUAUGUGGAACUGUGUGCUGGGAAUGCUGACACAAAGUUCCAGAAGAUGCAGUACAAAGACCUGUGCACGCACAUCACUCCAGACAGUUACAUUCCAUGUCUGACUGACCUGUGCAAGGCAUUGUGGGAAGUGAUGCUCAGCUACCAUCGGACUAUGCAGUGGCACGAAGAGCACGACAGUGUGGACGCAGCACCUGCCCCAGAUGGCGACGGCACAGCGGGGUCGGACGAGUCAAACUUUGGCCGAAGCUACGUGAAAAAGAAGCUGGAACAUGGGCUGACGCGGAUCUGGCAGGAUGUACAGCUGAAAGUGAAGGCCUAUUUAUUGGGAACGGAUAUGUCCAACUUCAAGUACGACGACUUCAUCUUUGUGCUGGAUAUUAUCAGCAGGCUCAUGCAAGUGGGAGAGGAGUUUUGUGGCAGUAAGUCGGAGCUUCUGCAGGAGUCCAUCAAAAAGCAGAGCGUGAAUUAUUUCAAGAACUACCACAGGACUCGCCUGGAGGAGCUGCGGAUGUUUCUGGAAAAUGAAACGUGGGAACUGUGCCCCGUUAAGUCAAACUUCAACAUCGCACAGCUCCACGAGUUCAAAUUUAUGGGCCAGUCGCGUUCGCCAUCUGUGUCCCCCAGCAGGCAGACCUCGGCCACCAACCCCACGGACUUCUCUCUUUUCGAACAGUACUACCAAGGAGGGAACCCUUUUGAGAUGCAGAUCGAUAACAAGGAGGAUGAGACGGAAGACGUCCUCGCCUCCAAUGGGUAUGAGUCGGAUGAACUGGAGAAGAACGUGUACCAGGACUACGACAGCGACAGUGACGUGCCUGAGGAGCUGAAGAGGGACUAUGUCGACGAGCAGACAGGAGACAUUCCUGUGAAGAGCGUGUCUCGGGAAACCCUAAGGAGCCGAAAGAAGUCAGACUACAGCCUUAAUAAGGUGAACGCCCCCAUCCUGACCAACACUACCUUGAAUGUAAUCAGGCUUGUUGGAAAGUACAUGCAGAUGAUGAACAUUCUGAAGCCCAUUGCCUUUGACGUCAUACAUUGCAUGUCCCAGCUGUUUGACUACUACCUGUACGCAGUCUACACCUUUUUCGGGCGGAAUGAUAUGUAUGAAUCAUCAGGGCUGGGGCUUAUCAGCAGCAGACUGCGGACUACACUCAACAGGAUCCAGGAGAGCCUCAUCGACGUGGAGGCGGGGGUGGAGAACGCAGGCAUUCACGGGCCCUUGGAGGACCGGAAGGAGAAGGUUCCCAGCCCCCACCUCAGCCAGCUGGUGGUGCUGACCGCCAGCAGCACACUCUACGGCCUCGCUGAGAGGGUGGUGGCCACCGAGUCGCUGGUUUUUCUUGCUGAGCAGUUUGAGUUCCUGCAGCCUCAUCUUGACACCAUGAUGCCUGCGGUCAAGAAGCCCUUUUUGCAGCAGUUCUACUCCCAGACUGUGUCUACCGCCAGUGAGCUACGCAAACCGAUUUACUGGAUCGUGGCGGCUAAAGCCAUAGAUUAUGAACAGAUGUUGUUGCUCAUGGCUGGAGUUAAAUGGGACAUUAAAGAAAUAAUGUCACAGCACAACGUGUAUGUGGAUGUCCUUUUAAAGGAGUUUGAGCAGUUUAACAAGAGGCUGGGAGAAGUGUCCAGGCAGGUCAGGAUCCCCCUGCCCGUGUCCAAUGUCCUUUGGGAGCACUGCAUCCGACUCGCUAACCGGACCCUGGUGGAGGGCUAUGCUAACGUGAAGAAGUGCAGCAAUGAGGGGCGCGCCUUGAUGCAGCUGGACUUCCAGCAGUUUCUGAUGAAGCUGGAGAAGUUGACCGACAUCCGACCCAUUCCAGACAAGGAGUUUGUGGAGACCUAUAUUAAGGCCUACUACCUAACAGAGAACGACAUGGAGCAGUUCAUCAAGAACCACAGGGAAUACUCCAUGAAGCAGCUGACCAACCUGGUGAAUGUUUGCCUGGGCUCCCACAUAAACAAGAAGGCCCGGCAGAAGCUCCUCGCUGCCAUUGAUGACAUUGACCGGCCAAAAAGAUAGUUGCGGCUGCAACUGCUAGAAAGCGGCAACUGAAUUAGCAUGCAGAAUUGAAUUUGAAUGAGAUUGCCGCGCGCUGGGCAUGCUAAGCUUUUUCGGUAAUACUUUACUUGAACCACUUGCCAUAAGGCUGUCAUACACAUGACAUAACAGCUGUCAAGGUGGUAUAAUAGAUGAUGUCAGGUUAUGUCAAAUGACAUAAUACUGUUGUACUUUUUUUUCUGUAAAUAUUUUAUGUAAUAACAUUUACUGAUAAAAGUAUGACAGUCUUACAGUAUAUCAUUUGACAAUUAAAUGACAUCAUGCCAUCUUGUGACAGCUGUUAUGUCAUGUGUAUGAUAGUGUUAUGUAAGCCUUAUGGUGAGGGGUUCAAGUGUUACCUCUUUAUCAAAUAUUGACGUUACAUGCCAGACACGCUCCUUUUCUGCUGCAAUUCUUCUGUUUUCUUUGGGACUUUAUUUUCUCCAGUCGGGUCUCAAUGUACGUAGAAUGUAGAAUGUUUUUGAGAUUGAUGCAUGAAACCUGUGUGCUAAAAGGGGCAUUAUUGAAAUGUCAGUUCCCGCAUUAUAUCUGCCGAUGAAGGAUUGGCAUGAAGGGUGUCUGGUGAUUGUUACAUAUGACUGCUUCAGGUCAUGUUUCAUAAAUGCAAGGUUUAUGCUGUAUGAUAUCUUUUGGUACUUCCGUCCAUCAUCCAGUGCUUUCUUUUCAGAACGAGUUCAGAGAAUUUUAAUGGCUGUAACUGAAAAUCGGAAAAAAAAAUUAUAAAAACUACAAAAGAUUACUGUCAUAGAUAGUCUCGUUAUCUGUUACUGUUUUCUUUCUGUCUACCUUGGUAGAUUCUUAGCAUAAGACAAGUAAAUUCUUAGAUCUUUGAUCCAAUUGAAAUAGAUUUCCAAUUUCAAAUUAUGUGGUCUUUUCCUUUUUCUGCAGUUUCUGUGUUUGAAGAACAGAAUGUACAACACCCUGUUCUGCUGGCCGUCAUUUAGUUAUGUCAUCACUUCUUGGCACUGUUUUCAAUAUUAGCUCACCAUAUUAAAAAAUAUAUACUGUCAACAUGAAUAUGACUGUGAUGUGUGGAAUUCUGUCAGUGUAUGUUGAGUAUGACUCGUAUAGACCAAUCCUAAUCAAAUAAACACACAAACUUUAAAA